UAAAGUGCUCAUCAUUUUUGCACCAAAAACAAAGCGUGUAUGGUUUUGGCGGGAAACAACAAAGAGAGUUGGUUCAGAGGACAGAAACGCAAGAUGGCGAACAAACUCAUCAACCAAUUAGGUUUACCCAAAUCCAUCGCUAACAUCUUCACCGCUCGCAACAUCAUCACCGCCAAGGAUGCAUUAUCUCUCACUGAAUUUGAAUUGAUGGAGUUGUUAGAUGUUGGUAUGUCAGAAGUAACAUCCGCAAUGGCGCACAUCAGUGAACUCGUUUGUCCUCCUUGCCAAACUGCGUUGCUUUUGAUGGAGCAACGAGUACGAAAUGAGAGCUUGGCCGGUCAUCUUCCUACUCAAUUGAAAGGGUUGGAUGAAGCCUUAUGCGGUGGUAUACCGUUUGGUGUUGUGACGGAAUUAGUUGGUCCACCAGGAAUUGGCAAAACACAGUUUUGCUUGAAGCUUUCAUUGCUUGCUUCGUUGCCGGUAAAUUAUGGAGGCUUAGAUGGUCGAGUGAUAUAUAUUGACGUUGAAUCCAAAUUUAGUUCAAAAAGAUUGAUAGAGAUUGGAACAAAGAGUUUUCCUGAAAUAUUUCACAAGAAAGGAAUGGCACAGGAGAUGGCUGGUAGAAUCCUAAUCUUACGUCCUACAUCACUUUCUGAAUUUGCUGAGAGUUUGCAACGGAUCAAAGUAUCACUCCUCCAGCAACAAGUGAAGUUGCUCAUCAUUGAUAGCAUGGCUGCUCUUGUUUUAGGUGAACAUGAUUGUGGGGCUUCCAGGCAACAAGCAUUGGGUUGGCACGUUUCUUUCAUCAAGUCACUUGCUGAAUUUUCACGCAUUCCAAUUGUAUUGACAAAUCAAGUAAGAUCUCAUGUUGGUGAUGAAUCUCUCAUGUAUUCCUUUCAAGCACAAAGCCGCUCUACAAAAGGAGACAUUCCUGUGACGUUUGAUUCUCAUCUUGUUGCUGCUUUGGGAAUUAAUUGGGCUCAUGCUGUGACCAUCCGUCUUGUACUUGAAUCCAAAUCAGGUAAAAGGUUUAUUAAGUUGGCAAAAUCUCCAAUGUCACCCCCGUUGGCUUUCCCUUUUCACAUUACUUCAUCGGGGAUUGUUUUACUUGACAAUGAUGGGAUAGAGAUGAAAGGGCCAGAAAUAAGCACUAUACACUGCCAAGGCCAAAAUGCUCUGUUUAAUUUGGAAAUGGCAGGGCACUGAUUUUCAGUUGAUAGUACGCCUUUUACAAUUGUAUGGGAUAUGACAUGACAUACUAUCCAUAAAUUUUUGCUCAUCUUCUAGUGAAAGCAGACAAGUUGGUACAACUGGUUCCCUUCAACAAUCUGUAUUCUUUCAGAUAUUCUGAGCUACAACCUACUGUUAUAUGAAGAUGAACUGUGAUUAGAUUUUAUCAAAUGAUUUAGAUCUUAUAUUUAGUUGUGGAGUAUAGCUGGUAUCUUGCCCUGCUAUCGUCGCCACUUACAGCUAUGUUUCUCGUCUAUGUAUGGCACGUGAUAUCUGUCUCUCUAUUUUGCUUGUACUUUUGAUUACCAUCUCUGUGUCACCUAGUUGGAUGGGUGGAUUGUCGGUAGGCUUUAUUAUGAAUUAUGAAACAAACAUCUUCCUAGAAACUUUUGCUAGGGAUGUAUUGAACAGUAUAUAGUUUUGAAAUGUUGGCGAUAAUCUAGCAUUUGCCUUGAUAUAAUGCUUAACAACAUGAAAAGGCCUAAAUGUCUUCUUGACUCUACAUUGUCAAUAAAUACAACUUUAUGUAGGAGUGGCGCAAAGGUUUAUCUUUGUGUUUGUUUUUUGCUUGCAUUUCUGGAAAGUAUUAAACUACUG